UCGCACCAGACACUGCUGUAUCCCUCUCGGUGAACCGAUCGGUACGCUCUGAUUUUUCAGUAGUCUGGGGAUAGGUCGCGUUUAUCUGUACGUUUACCGCGGAUGUACGUGAACCCGGAACCAACUCACAAUUUAGACAAAACAAGAAACCUCGCUAAGUGAAUCUAUUGGGUCUGCUGCUGUGCUUUCGGACCGAGCAGGUCCUUCCUCUGUGCGAUCAUUUCCUCCUAUUUGUAGAGGAAGGGUGUUAGUUUUCGAAGUGAAAUCUCAGAAGUUGGUUUACUUUCGGGACUCGUAACGUGUUGCUCUAGUUUAUCAUGUACUUAAUGUAGAGUUACUGAUAUCUAAAACACGUCUGUAAAGUGCCGCGAUCAAGCCCAUCACUGUGUAAUGUCACAGUUGUCAAAUUGGAGCCCAGAUGGGGAACAAAACAAAACAAAACCGUAGGCUAUAGCUCGCACUUCUACAGAUCCAUCCAGCACGCACAUUUAUGCCAAAUAACGCAUAGGGGCAAAUCCAUCUCACGGAUUUCUCUUUCCAUCUCAACGGCAUAAUAUAGCCACUGAUUUAGUUUUUUUGUUUUGUUUUUCUAUGUCAAACUGUAGGCUUGGCUACUCACUGAAAUACCUUUUGCAAAACCCAGCUCUGACCGAAGCGGAAGAGGACAGUUUUUUUCUGUCUGAGAUACGGGACACUGGAUUUACCCGCUGGUGGAGACAGUGAUUGUGUGUUAGUGAGGUGAGCUGAGCAAAGGAAAUGAGCGCUCAUUGAGACCUUCUCCUGCCGUCUGACUACCCUCAGCAUCCGGGUAAGGACUGUGCCUCUACCACACAGUUUCGUGCAACAGAAGAAGUGGUCAACGGAUCAUGUCUCCACUGUUACGUGGAAACUAAUGCACUACCGGGUCCAGAAACCCGUCCUCUGACCCCACACACUACUUCUACAUUACCCACGAUUCCUGUCUGCAAAAAAAGUAAGGACUUAGGUGUUGAAGCCCUUAGGUGACUUGGACUUCCUUGUUGUACUAUUGAGCUAUUUCAGCACCACUAACCAGUUCAUAGUUUACAACAGUGGUCUUAGAGGGACUGUAGAGGCACUGAGAGACAGUCAUAGAGUAAAGAGAGAAAAACAAAGAACAACGAAAACAAAAUGGCCAACAACACGGCGGACCACCCUCCGGGGAACUCUGUUGCCGAUGGCAACCAAGAAGGGGACUUUGGCAUCACGGUGAUGGAUCUCCGGGACCUAAUGGAGCUGAGGAGCGGAGAGGCCGUCACCAAGAUAGCCGACUCCUACGGAGACGUGCAAGGGCUCUGCCGCAGGCUCAAGACAUCACCCAUCGAGGGUCUGUCUGGUAACCCAGUGGAUCUGGAGAAGCGCCACACAGCGUUUGGGAAGAACUUCAUCCCUCCUAAAAAGCCUAAGUCUUUCCUGGCGCUGGUGUGGGAGGCCCUACAGGAUGUUACUCUCAUUAUCCUGGAGAUUGCUGCCGUCAUCUCCCUGGGCCUGUCCUUCUACCACCCUCCCGGGGGAGAUAGCGAACUGUGUGGUGAGACAGCAUCUGGAGUGGAGGAUGAGGGCGAGGCGCAGGCGGGCUGGAUCGAAGGCGCUGCCAUCUUGUUCUCUGUUGCCAUCGUUGUCUUGGUGACAGCGUUUAACGACUGGAGCAAGGAGAAGCAAUUCCGCGGGCUGCAGAGCCGCAUCGAACAGGAGCAAAAGUUCACCGUCAUCCGCAAAGGCCAGGUCAUCCAGAUCCCUGUGUCCGAACUAGUGACAGGAGACAUCGCCCAGAUCAAAUACGGUGAUCUGCUGCCAGCUGAUGGUAUCCUGAUCCAGGGCAACGACCUGAAGAUUGACGAAAGCUCUCUGACUGGUGAAUCAGACCAAGUCAGGAAGUCCCUCGAGAAAGACCCCAUGCUGCUGUCCGGCACCCAUGUGAUGGAGGGAUCAGGUAGAAUGGUGGUGUCUGCAGUGGGUCUCAACUCCCAGACUGGAAUCAUCUUCACUCUGCUGGGGGCGGGAGACGGCGACGAGGAAAAGAAGAUCAAGAAAGGUAAAAAACAAGGACCCCCCGAAAAUCGCAACAAAGCUAAGACCCAGGACGGCAUUGCCCUGGAGAUCCAGCCCCUGAAGAGUGAGGUUGAGUCCGAGGAGAAGGAGCCAGAGGUGGAGGUCAAACAGGUGAAGAGGGUUCAGAUCACCAAGAAGGAGAAGUCUGUGCUGCAGGGCAAACUCACCAAACUGGCUGUGCUAAUCGGGAAGGCAGGUCUGAUCAUGUCAGCAGUGACGGUGGUCAUUCUCAUUCUGUACUUCGUGAUUGAUACGUUCGGGGUGCAGGGUCGCCCAUGGCUGAAGGAGUGUACCCCCAUCUACAUUCAGUACUUUGUCAAGUUCUUCAUCAUCGGAGUCACUGUGCUGGUGGUGGCUGUGCCUGAGGGGCUGCCUCUAGCCGUCACCAUCUCUCUGGCCUACUCUGUCAAGAAAAUGAUGAAAGACAAUAACCUGGUGCGUCACCUGGAUGCGUGUGAGACGAUGGGGAAUGCUACGACCAUCUGCUCUGACAAGACAGGCACCCUCACCAUGAACCGUAUGACCGUGGUGCAGGCCUACUUGGGAGACACACACUACAAGAAAGUACCGGAACCCGACGUCAUCAAACCAUCCACACUGGAAGUCCUGGUCAACAGCAUCGCCAUCAACUCAGCCUAUACUACUAAGAUCCUGUCUCCAGCGAAGGAGGGAGGUCUGCCCCGCCACGUUGGCAACAAGACAGAAUGCUCCCUAUUGGGCUUCGUGCUGGAACUGAAGAGGGACUACCAGCCAAUCAGGGAUGAGAUUCCUGAGGAGAAGCUGUAUAAGGUGUACACCUUCAACUCCUCCCGUAAGAGCAUGAGCACGGUGCUGAAAAACACAGACGGUAGCGGCUUUCGCAUGUACAGCAAGGGAGCCUCCGAGAUCGUCCUACGCAAAUGUUCCCGUAUCCUGGACACGAACGGGGAGCCACGUAUCUUCAAGCCUAAGGAUCGUGAUGAGAUGGUGAAGGUGGUGAUUGAGCCCAUGGCCUGUGACGGUCUAAGGACCAUCUGUGUGGCCUACAGGGACUUCCCUGCCGAGGCAGGAGAACCAAACUGGGACAACGAGGCCGAUAUCCUCAACGAGCUCACCUGCAUCUGUGUGGUCGGCAUUGAAGACCCUGUCAGACCUGAGGUACCUGAUGCUAUCCUCAAGUGCCAGAGGGCUGGCAUCACCGUCCGCAUGGUUACCGGGGACAACAUCAACACCGCCCGUGCCAUAGCAACCAAGUGUGGCAUCCUGUUGCCAGGCGAGGACUUCUUAUGUCUGGAGGGCAAAGAGUUCAACCAGCUGAUCCGUAAUGACCAGGGAGAGGUGGAGCAAGAGCGUCUGGACAAGGUGUGGCCCAAGCUGCGUGUGCUGGCUCGUUCCUCUCCUACUGACAAACACACUCUGGUCAAAGGUAUCAUGGACAGCACCGUCCUCGAGACACGACAGGUGGUGGCUGUGACAGGCGACGGAACUAACGAUGGCCCCGCCCUGAAGAAGGCUGAUGUUGGGUUUGCUAUGGGUAUCGCCGGUACGGACGUGGCUAAGGAAGCGUCAGAUAUCAUUCUGACUGACGAUAACUUCACUAGCAUCGUCAAGGCUGUCAUGUGGGGCCGCAAUGUCUAUGACAGCAUCUCCAAGUUCCUCCAGUUCCAGCUCACGGUCAACGUGGUGGCCGUCAUCGUGGCCUUCACUGGCGCCUGCAUCACACAGGACUCUCCUCUGAAAGCGGUGCAGAUGUUGUGGGUUAACCUGAUCAUGGACACCCUGGCUUCCCUGGCCCUAGCCACCGAGCCCCCCACUGAGUCCCUGUUGCUGAGGAAGCCGUACGGCCGCAACAAGCCCCUAAUCUCUCGCACCAUGAUGAAGAACAUCCUGGGUCAUGCCGUCUACCAGCUCACAAUCAUCUUCACCCUCCUGUUCGCUGGAGAGAACAUCUUUAAUAUCGACAGUGGGCGCAACGCGCCCCUCCACUCGCCGCCCUCGGAGCACUACACCAUCGUGUUCAACGUGUUUGUCAUGAUGCAGCUGUUCAACGAGAUCAAUGCCAGGAAGAUCCACGGAGAGAGGAACGUUUUUGAGGCCAUCUACCGUAACCCCAUAUUCUGUAGUGUGGUCCUGGGAACCUUCGUCCUGCAGAUUGUCAUUGUCCAGGUUGGAGGGAAGCCCUUCUCCUGCACCGCUCUGACCAUCGACCAGUGGCUCUGGUGUGUGUUCAUCGGAGUGGGAGAGCUGCUUUGGGGACAGCUGAUCUCAGCCAUCCCCACCCACCACCUGAAGUUCCUAAAGGAGGCUGGCCACGGAACCCAUAAGGAGGAUGUCCCUGAAAACGAGAUGAACGAGGGGGACGAUGAGAUCGACCACGCUGAGAUGGAGCUCCGUAGGGGUCAGGUCCUCUGGUUCAGGGGCCUCAACCGCAUCCAGACUCAGAUUAAGGUGGUGAAUGCGUUCCGUAGCUCUCUUUACCCGGGGCUAGAGAACCGAGAAUCAAAAAAUUCCAUCCAUAACUUCAUGGCCCACCCUGAGUUUGUUCCCCUGUCUGAGGAAGAGGCGCGGAUCCCUGACAUCGAUGAGAGCAGCAGUGAUGAGGUGGCGCUCCAGCACAUGCCCAGAUCCUUCUCUGGGGGGGCAGAAGCUCCAGACGUCAGCCACGAGGCCUCCUGCUGAUCACCUCCUCUCUUCUCCUCUCUUCCGUUGUGCUCUGUCCAUCUCCCCCUGUCGGCCGGCUGGUUACCAUCCUGCACUUCCUCUCUUCCACCACCAAGAGGACAAGCGGUGCGCCCCUCAUCCCACAGAGGGUACACCCAGAGCAGGCAAGGGGUCCCAGCGUCUCCCCCUCUUCACCUACCCCUCUUCACCUACUCCUCUUCCUCCGCCUCCUCUUCCCUCCACUUCCUGAACCCUACACCUACCUCUCACCUGCCCCACCCACCAUCUUUGCCAUUCCCAUGGGCUGGCACUGACUGUGGUGUGUAUGCCCUUUAAUUAUGUACAGCAGAGUGACAUGUAGACCAUCAAAUCACAUCGCGCCCCAAACUCAUGGGUGGGAGGGGCCAUGUGGGGUCCACCAAUCUGCUCUGUCAAAGGCUGUAGCCUGUCCUACUGUCCAUCUUUGGAGUUUUAAUAUCUUUUCUUUUGUCCUGUAACAUUUCAUUGUUUUAUUUUAACCUCAGAUAGCCCAGAACUGAAACACAACAUGUUUAUCCUUUUGUACAUGCUUAUUACACCCUGCAUACACUAACUGACACAGCACUUUUAGAGUAUAUCUAUGUGUACAUACAGUAUAUAUGCUUUAUAGGCUCUUCAACACAGCUCCAAGCUGAUUUGAUGAUCAGAUGAACAUGGGCCAUGUGAUUUAACAGUUGUCAGCUACUAAGUUUUGCCACUCCAUUUCUCAACCUGUGUUUUAACUGUACUGUGUGUAUGCAUUGGAUCUGUUUUGAAGCAUGAUGUACUAAUGGGUUAUGGAGUUCAACCCAGGAACCCAUGUCUUCAUUCAUUCUGAUAAAUGACAUGUUUUCAAGGAUGAAGGUUCAACCGUCUAAACAUCUCUCACUUUAGUUUGGUUCUUCUGGGUCCAUUAGACAUGAUUUUAUUAUGAUUUAUCCUGUUUUUAUGGAAGGAAAGUACAAAGGAUGCUAGUCUAUAUUAACAGAAAAGUGAACUAUCUUAAAACAACACAUUGAAAGAAAAGCUAGCAGCAGGCUAGAGCCAGAGGGAACCCCCUCUCUGUGGAGUGGGAUCAUAGCAAGACCAUGUGGAAAAAAGGGAAGGGCAUCUCCCUCAUCUGAUGAUCUCAUCCAAUCAGGGUUCUGGUUUUCCCUAGCCCGUUGAGAGGAAGUUGACAGCCUACGAUACUGCCUCAAUAUGGAGGAAGAAUAAGAGCGUCCGUGUCCCCCUCUCUCGUAUGCAUAACGUAUUUGAUUCAUGUUUCAGCCGUGUUAAAUAUAAUGGGAAUUUAGAGAUGGUUUUGGGAGUCAUUAUUUGCCGGGGUUAGGACCUACCUUUUCCUGUGUAUAGACAGAAAUGGGAAGUUGUUAUUUCUUUAGUCUGUCACUCCUUUUUUCCACACAUAAAAAAACUAAACAUGAAUACAUUCUGAUCUGUACCUUACCAAGGCAAAUGUACAACUCUUUUUUCACUGUUGACGAAAGGGCGUUGGGCUUGUUCCUGUUAGCUACAGCUUGACUGUGUGUGUCGUUAUCGAGUGUCACUGUGUCUGCUUCAGAGUGACAAAGGACUAUCGAUCUCUCCCACAAUGCCUCUGGGAGGUGCAACCAUUAGAGGCUGGCCUGCUAGCAUAGGGACACAACACAUCUCCACAUGUCCUCUAGGGUCAACUCACCUACCAACCAACCCACCAACCACAGAUAAUGGCCUAACAAGAAGAGGAAUACUCUAACAAGAAUAAACCGAUACAACCAGAGAUGUUGAUACAUGAGAGCUCCUGUAUUCAGUGGUGCAUGUCGUUGUUUUAAAUGAUGGUACAGAGAGUUUAAACUUGGCUCCCACUCCGACCACCAACUCUGUGACAGAGAGUGUGACGCCCUCAACAGGAUAUGUGCUAUCGAUGUACUACUGCCAUAUUUUCAACCUUAUUUUCAUAUCUAGGUUACUUACUUCGAUAGAACCCUCUGAUGAUACACCUUUUCUACUUACUCAGAGCCAUAUUUUAUAGGUUGUUGUUGUUUUGUACCCCAUCGUUAUUGAGGUUUCAUUUCUAUUCCACUCUGACCCCAAAACUGAUGGAUGCAAAACAACGUGUCACUGCCGAUAUAUGUGUCAUGGACUACAACGAUGUUUACAGAACAUAGUCUGCCUGCUGCCGUAAGCCUGCUGCCGUAAGCCUGCUCGCGCUGCGCCUCCCUCUUCUGGCUGGUCUCCUUGCUUAGUACAUCAUUAUUGGGAAGCUUUCUUGCAUGAUUUUCAUAUAAACUAAAUGUUUUGUUCAUUUUUUACAAUUCUUCUGUAUUUUUAUAUUUAGUAUUUUUGAAUAUUUUUGAAUAUAUAUGUAUAGGCUGAAGUGUUUUGGUGACAGUACAGCCCAUGAAUGAGAUGAAUCAACAGCAGAAUAUGUUUCUAUAUGCAGUAUAUUUAUGCCACAUUUGUAAACCAUGAUUGGUUGGCCGAUGCUGGGGCUAAGGAAGCUAAAAUAAACUGUUUACUCACUGUAGGCCAUGCGAUUGGACAUACUCUUUCAGCAAUCUAGCCUUACCACCUCUUUCCCUUCACUAUAUACAGUCUUAAAGAGACAGUAGCUUAAAUUCUGCUAUUUCUCUCAGUAACUUAAAUCAAAUGAGGUCCCAAUGAAAGUGAGUCAAAUAGAACAUGGUAGUAAACCGAACAUUGAAGUAAUGUAACAUUAAGUUGGAGUAUAUAUGAUUUUUAAUCUCUAUAUACAUAUAUUUAUUACAUGGGGUCUGUUCUUCCAGACUAAUAUGACUGCGAGUUUCAUUUAUUUUUUGAGAGGAUCGGUGCACUUAGACAACUGGGUAGUGACUUUAGUCGACUUGUCGAUAAAAGGGCAUGAAUUUCGAUUUCAUCCAAAUCAAUCGUUAACCUUUUUUAUUCUAAUGACUUAGGAAACUGUUUAGAGUAGAACUGUUAAACCGGUAGUGACAUCACUGCCUCUUCCUGUUUGUGUCCGUAAACAGAAACAAGAUGCUUUUGCUGUGGUGUCCGUUACAUGCUGACCAAACCGGCUCUACACGUGCGUGAUCGUGCGCAUAUUGAUUUUGUCUAUCCCUACCAGACAUGUUCAUGACACGUAGGUUAAAAUUCCAAAACCAACUUUUAAUUAAUAUAUUAAUUUGGGGACAGGUCGAAACACACAUGAAACAUUUGCUGUUGCUAGCUAAUUUGUCUGGGAGAUAAACAUUGGGUUGCCAUUUAUUUUUUUAUUUUUUGAUCUCUCCUUGUUCAUCUUUCUUAUGUGGAUUUUAUAUGGCUGUGUGGACCUUGUUCAUCUUUCAAUCACUCACGUGGGUAUAUGCUUGUAAAAACCAAUGAGUAGAUGGUAAGGCGGGACUUACAGCGCAUUAAGCGUCUAAAAUAGAACCAAGUUCUAUUUUAGUGCCUGGCCAUGCAGACGCCCGUUGAUGCGCAUGAGCAGUUUGGAUUAAGUGAUUGAAUAACAUGUAUGUGGACAUUUAUUUUCCAACACACAAGCGGACAGUUUGGUCAGUAUGUUAGACAGAGACUCAUUUUCGGGACACAUUUUGGGGACUCGCUUUCAAUGGUAAAUCUUUCUUUUCUUCUGAGAUAAUCUAUUUGGAAGACUGCACUUCUACAUUGAAUAUACUGUGUAAAUAUUGCCAUGGGAUGAUUUUGAACUUUGAACUCUAGGUAAUGAAAAGGGGGCAGUCAGUCAGUGAUCACCCAGCAUAGCUUUAAGAUUGUUCAGCCAAAUUCUUGUUUUGUACAAUCGCUGUUUUUUUUAUACUUUCUUUUUGUUUUUGACCAGAUUGUUUUAAACUGUUAUUGUCAGGUGAAUGUAUUUCCAUACUUUCCAUCUCCCCAACAUAGCAAAUGUUGUUGCAUGUAAAUGUGGACAGAGAAUGCAAAGAACUUGAAGCGUCGCUAAGAUUGUCCUUCUUCUAUUGCCAUGGUUGUGCUGUUGUUGAUCUCUUAUUGAACUGGUUCCAUUCCGUAGGUGAACAGAUACUCCAUCCGCUAGAAACACCCCGAUCUUUUGUUUGUUUGCUGUUUUGUUAUUAACCCUGGCACAACUGUACUACAGAAGCAGACCAACAGGUCUGUAUGUCUGAGGUGGAUGGCAAACUAAAGAACAGCCAGACAGUCCUGGCAAAGUUUGGUUUCUCUGUUGGACAAGCCCAUUGCUGCUUCUGACCAAUCUGUAAGACCUUUCCUCUUAUUGCACAUGUUUCAAUUAUGACUCAUGUAUGACAAAAUGAAACAUGCUAAGGCAUUGGGCAAUAACUGUUGACUGUAAAGGACUGCAUUGCUUCUCUAAAGCGUUGUCUUUCUUAGAUAGCUUUCUUUUCAUUGGGUUUGGGGGAUUUCUUCUGGGGCAGCUUCUCCGCAAGUUGUAAAUAAAAAAAGGUUUGAAAACUGGAAUAUCACAUUUGAAAGUCAUAACCCCCUUUAUUUUACAUAGGCCGAUGUUUACCCGAACCAGUUCUUGUGUUUUAAUACAUUUUCAAUUGCAUCUAAUUGCGAAAAGACAGAAAAAUUACUUUCUGUAAUUGAUAUGAUACACAGUAAUAGACACUGGUGUUAUUUUUGUAUAAACAUAAUAUCAUCUGUGUGGCAUGCAUGAUGUAUAAACAACUUGGUGGUUUAAAGCAAUAUGUCCAACCUGGUAGGAUUGGUACUUUCGUGUUCUGUGUAGCCUAAACCACGCUGUACUAGAGAGAAAAAAAUUGCCAUUUGUAAAAAAAGCUAGCUGUUCAAUGUUCUGCAUGUUUAAGUAUGGCAUGAGACAUCCCAAAUGUUUAACUGCUUCCAAAACAAAACUCCCACAUUUUGACUGAGUUGCUGUCCCAGUGAAACACACUGAGAGGAUGCUGCCUUGAAAAUAUAGGAUGGAAUGGAGGAGAGAUGGGAUGGGGUGGAGGAGGGAUGGGGUGGGGUGGGUGGAUGAAUGGGGUGGAUGGAUGUGUGAAUGGGACUCCAAUUCAAUUUCACAAAGAUCAGUUCAAUGAAGUGCUUUCUCUGUAGGUACUGUAACAGGUCCCUGUUGAGUACCUCAUCACUAGUGUGGAACGAUUACUACCUGGAUAUUAACUAAGGUACUUGUUGACUGUGUCAUUGUUCAUUCAUAAGGGACUAACAGCAACCACGCAGUCUACCAUCUGACUUUACCCCAUCUCACCAUAGCAGACGGAUGUGAAAACCAGCUCAACAAAAGCUUCAUACAUCAACUAUAUAACACCAUAGUAACACAGUAAAUUUAUAUAUUUUUUAAAACAAACACACUUUGUAAUUUAACCACGAAUAUUGUUUAUUUUUAAUUUUUGGUAUUUAGAAAGAACAAUCCUUAUCACUAGCCCCAUGCUGAAUCUCUUUCAGCACCGACUGAGAAGUAAUGAUGAUGCCAUGCUGUUCGUUGUUUAUUCCAUCAUCCAGCCAAAGCCAUGGGGAAUCACUCUUUAACAAGGAUAGGCAUUCUUUAUUCAGCUCAUCAUUUUACAUGUAUCACAUCAAUCGAUUUCCUCAUUACUCUCCCUCUCUCAUUCCGUCUCCCUCCAUCCAAGGACUGAGCUCGUCUGCUGCUGUGCCAAACUGCAGUCAACCUCUCUUCUAACAGCAGCAUCUCAGAUGUGUGAGAUUCUUAACUGGUUUAUUCAACAGUUCUAUCCAUUAUGGUAGUUCCUUCUAAUUGACGCUUUAAGGCUCUGUUUUUCCCACUCUUUCGAUCUCGCUAGUUGCAUUCUAUCGAGGGGUGGAGAAGGCUAUGCUCUGUCAGUGAGACCUGUGUGUACAGUAUGUCUCUGUGGGUCUUGUUGCCACAUGCAGAUUCCCAAUGUCUAAAGUCCUACAUCUGCCCAGACUCGCUUCGAUUAACAAGGCUCAUCUGUGUGUGGUCACCAAGUGCUUAUGGGGGAGAGUAGAGAAGUGUUUCACAGGCCGCAUGUCUCUUGUCUAGUUAAAAACACAUUGACAACUUGCUCUUCUAUCAGAGAACGAUUCCAUAUCAGUAACACAGAACGGCAUUCUGCUGUUGUCAACAGCAGUCUAGCUUGUCUCGUCUCCUUUAUGGGUUGCUGCUGAUCUAGAGGAGGAAGAUAUAAAAGAGAGCUUCCCCUCUCUUUACAUCACCAGUUACUGUGACUCUAUGUACAUCACAGGUGUGCCUCAGCUUAAGCACUUGGUUGGUGUCUUUCUUCAUAGCUAUGUUGUUGAAACCAGGAAGUUUUCUUUUUUAUUUAACCCUUAUUUUAUCAGGUGACUGAAAUCACAUUCUCAUUUACAGCAACAACCUGGGGAAUAGUUACAGGGGGAUGAAUGAGCCAAUUGGAAGCUGGGGAUGAUUUGAGGGCCAGAUUGGGAAUAUAGCCAGGACACCGGGGUUAACACCCCUACUCUUAUGAUAAGUGCCAUGGGAUCUUCAGUGACCACAGAGAAUCAGGACCUCGUUUAACAUCCCAUCCGAAAGACUACCUUGCACAGGGCAAUUUCUUUUAGACCAGAGGAAAGAGUGCCUCCUACUGGCCCUUCAACAGCAUCUGGUCUCCCAUUCAGGGACCGACCAGGACAAACCCUGCUUAGAUUCAGAAGUAAGCCAGCAAGAGAGGUAUGAGGGCAGCUGAUUGGUUUAUCUGAGCAUGUUGGAGUGACCGUAGGUCAUUCUGGAGAUCCAUCGCUCAUUCUGGUUGGCUUGGUGUGAACAUAAUUGUAGAAACUUUUCAAAGAGCACAGUCUUGUUUUGCUAAAUUGAGCUGUGUUUACACUGACAGCUUUUGACAUUUUUUUGCUCAUUUCUCUCGAGGUGAGAUGUUGUUACAUCGCCCUGACCUGCAACCAUGUUAAUGCAACCAUGACUAAUUCUGACAGGCACUCAAAAUGGUUUGGUGUUACAUGUGAAAUGUAGUUUUGGUUUCAUGGUCGUGUCCCCACAGAGCUGAGGUACUGAAACGGGCAAGCCUGUUGAUUUGAUUGACGCAAGAGAAACAACAGCAAAAUCAGGGGAGGAAUUAAAUUGGCUGAAAUUGUUAAGUGUGUGUGUGUGUGUGUGUGUGUGUGGUGUGUAUGUGCGCAUAAUAGUAAAUGUGCAAAUGUGAGGGUUUGUAUUGAGGCUCAUUCUCUGUGGGUACAGUAACUGUCUGUUUUCUUCUAGAAGGGCCUUUGAGCAGCGUCUCCUCAGUUUGUGUCUCACCUGACAGACACACAACAAACACAUUCAUUCCCUGUUCUUUCCCACCAUCUCCUCUUUAGUAAAUAAGAUUCAUUAUCAUGCCAAAAUGUCAGACCUGUUUGCUUCAAACUAUGCAACAGAAUUCUGCUAUUAGAAUAUCGUUGAUUUAUUUCCUAAAUUCUCCUCAACACACUCUCUCUCUCUCCUUCUCUCGCUCACUCUCUCUUUCUCUGUCUGUGUGUGCUUGUCUAUGUCUCAAUGGAUCCAGUUGUUUCCCAUAUUUGAGUUCUUUCUACUAACAGAAACAGAAGUGUAUAAUGUAUGUAUGUAUGUAUGUGUGUACACGAUGUGCAAGCACCCUGAAUUGUUCUUUACUCUGUUGUAAUAAUGAUCAUGUUGAAUGCCUUGGUCUUUAUGUCCUGUAGUUUGAAUUUAACAGAACAAAAAAUGAUAAUCAAGCAAGAAAGUUGUUAUAAAUAUAUAUAUAUAAAUAUAUACAAAUCUAUAUACAUAAAAUAAAGCCAUUGGGAUUUGAAAUACA